CGGUGGAACUCCCGAUGCUGCGUAGCUAACUUUUUAAAGUUAUUCAAACUCGUUAGCUUUAAUGUCAUUAAAUUAUUCAGACGCAGUUAUAUAAUCGGGGAUAAUGAUGGUGAGAAACACAAGCAGCGACAACAGGUAUUCAUGUACCCGCAAGUCCCGUCGUUUGAUGACAGCGCAGCAGCAUCGGCCGGUAACCCGCAGCCAUCCGGCCUCCACCGCGGGCUGCUUCACCGGCCUGCCCGCUGAGGUGCUCCACAUGAUUCUGGAUCAAUUAAGCAUGGUAGAUAUCAGCGUGUUCAGCAUGGUUUCCAAAGAAAUCACCAGCUACAUUGUGGACUACGUCUCCUCCCAGGCCUGGAGGAAGAAAAACCUCAUCCAAAGCUUUCACGACCCCACAUGUCUUGAACAAAGAUCCACCCUGGAACAUUACAGGCAGAUGGGUUUGUUGUUCAAGAGGUGUACCAUGUUGCUACCCACAAAGGACAGGUUAAAGUUCAUAUUUAGCAAGUUUUCACAGAUCCCCUGCUUCAUGUUGGGGCACUGCACUGCACCAGCCUGCAAUGGUUACUCCCGUUAUGGUGUAUUCCUUCAGACCCUGAUCGCUGGAUGGGAUGAGCUGGAAUGCCACAGGGUGUUCAACUUUUUGUGCAACCAAACAAACUUCUUGUUAAAGACUGAAGCAUUGCUUACCUUAAAGCCAGGGCUGAUGCCGUACCAGGAGUACCAACUUCGUUUUUUUUGCCGUAAAGUUUUGUUGGACCCCUGCCAGAACCAGCCAGAUGGACAGUUCUGGUUAGUUCAGCUGCUGAAGCCUUGGCCCAUGGUCAGACAGGCCCACCUACUGCUCAUCCUUUAUGGACCUGUGCUGCAUGACGGUUUUCUCGGCUGGCAGGAUCUGGUGGAGAGGGGGCUACCUCACGCCUUCUUUUUGGAUCUGGCUAAAGGGAUCCUGAUGCUCUUUGGUGCUCUGCAAGUCAAAGGCUGGAGCACCAACUCAAUGAUAUCAGUCUUGGAUGAGCUAAUUGUCAUUCCUCAGCCGUGGUAUGUGGAGAAUGUGGCCCGCCUUCUGGUACUGUGCGGCAAUAACCUCUGCUACACUUUUCUGGCCAGUAAGGCCCUCAGUGGACGACUCAGAGAGAUCUCCAGAAUCAUCAUUCAUAUCAUACUGGUUUGCGAGAAGGACGGCUAUAGCAUGAGCUGGGUGGUGAAGCUGGUUCAACAGAUCUGCAGUGUGUUCAGCACAGCACCUGAAAAGUUCAACUUCAUCAAGCACCUGGAGAACAUGUUCUCAGAGGUCACCAGAGAGUUCUUUGAGUUUUCUGCAGAAGGGAACAACUUUGAAGACAGAGAGACUUUCCAGACCUUAUACAUCCUCCUGAGCGCCAGCGCUAGCUUCCACACUAAACUGCUGCACAAGUUUCUCAAAUAAAGCUGCACAGAGGGCAACAAAUAAAAACAACUAUGAAUAAUGGAGGGUUGUCCAGU